GCCAAUUCUGCAGCUUUUGAGGCAUGUUGUAAAGAAAGAAUCCAGCAGUUCGAUGACUGUGAGGAAGAGGAGGAUAUUUGGGAUGAAAAAGAAAUAAACUAUGCAACACAAAUCAAAUCCAGAUCGAGGUUCGGGGUGUCUCUUUCUUCAGAUAGUUCACCCAAGAGUGCAGUGAGGAAUGGGGGUGGAGGCCGCGGGUCGGCCUCUGAGGAAGAGGAUGUUGAGGAAGAGGCCAGUCCUCCGCAUUCUGCAGUGGCUCAGACUCAAAAUUCAAGCUGGACGGCGAGUUUUGGUGAGACGGAGGUGAGCUCCUCUAGCUCCUGGGGUGGCCCCCCUCAGCAGGGAGGCGAGGGUCCGCAGGACACAAGCUGGACCUCCUUCACCGAGUUCCAGCCUUUCAACAGCACAGAGUCCAGCCAGACUGAGGGACAUCCUCAACAAGGCCAAGAGAAGAACUCGGCUGGCAGUGGUUCGGCUACAGGAGCGUGGGAAGGAAGUCCUGGGCAAAAAGCCCCUCUGGUGGCCUCAGACAGCAGCUCGUCUGGAGGCUCAGACAGUGAAGAGGACCCUAGAGAAAAUAAGACAGAGAGUUCCCCUAAAACACCUGCCAACCAGACAACAGCAUCCUCGAG